CUCGGCGCGGCCGGAGCGGCCGGAGCCCGCGCGGAGCUGCUCGCGUCCUCCGAGCUCCCGAGCGAGGGGCGGCCCGGGCGUCGCCAGCCCAGCACGACUCCGGCCCCCCGGGCGCCGCGUCCUUUUUCGCCGCCUGCGGGAUUCGCGGACCGCGGUACAUGCAUGUCCACUGGGGGCAGGUUUAAUUUCGACGAUGGAGGGUCGUACUGCGGAGGCUGGGAGGACGGCAAGGCGCACGGCCAUGGCGUCUGCACCGGCCCCAAGGGCCAAGGCGAAUACACUGGCUCGUGGAGCCACGGCUUCGAGGUGCUGGGCGUCUACACCUGGCCGAGCGGCAACACGUACCAGGGCACCUGGGCGCAGGGCAAGCGCCACGGCAUCGGCCUGGAGAGCAAGGGGAAGUGGGUGUACAAGGGCGAGUGGACACACGGAUUCAAGGGGCGCUACGGGGUGCGGGAGUGCACAGGCAACGGGGCCAAGUACGAAGGCACCUGGAGCAACGGGCUGCAGGACGGCUACGGCACGGAGACCUACUCGGAUGGAGGGACGUACCAGGGCCAAUGGGUCGGCGGCAUGCGCCAGGGCUACGGCGUGCGGCAGAGUGUGCCCUACGGCAUGGCGGCGGUCAUCCGCUCGCCCCUGAGGACGUCCAUCAACUCCCUGCGCAGCGAGCACACCAACGGCUCUGCCCUGCACCCGGACGCCUCCCCGGCGGGGGCCGGCAGCCCGGCCGUGUCUCGCGGUGGCUUCGUGCUGGUGGCGCACAGCGACUCGGAGAUCCUGAAGAGCAAGAAGAAGGGGUUGUUCCGGCGCUCGCUGCUGAGCGGGCUGAAGCUGCGCAAGUCGGAGUCCAAGAGCAGCCUGGCGAGCCAGCGCAGCAAGCAGAGCUCCUUCCGCAGCGAGGCGGGCAUGAGCACCGUCAGCUCCACGGCCAGCGACGUCCACUCCACCAUCAGCCUGGGUGAGGCGGAGGCCGAGCUGGCCGUCAUCGAGGAUGACAUCGACGCCACCACCACGGAGACCUACGUGGGCGAGUGGAAGAACGACAAGCGCUCGGGCUUCGGCGUGAGCCAGCGCUCCGACGGGCUCAAGUACGAGGGCGAGUGGGCCGGCAACCGGCGGCACGGCUACGGCUGCAUGACCUUCCCCGACGGCACCAAGGAGGAGGGCAAGUACAAGCAGAACGUCCUCGUGAGCGGCAAGCGCAAGAACCUCAUCCCGCUGCGCGCCAGCAAGAUCCGCGAGAAGGUGGACCGUGCGGUGGAGACCGCCGAGCGGGCCGCCACCAUCGCCAGGCAGAAGGCCGAGAUCGCGGCCUCCAGGACCUCCCACUCGAGGGCUAAGGCUGAGGCGGCCCUCACGGCAGCUCAGAAAGCCCAGGAGGAAGCUCGGAUCGCCAGGAUCACUGCCAAAGAGUUCUCGCCUUCCUUCCAGCACCGGGAAAACGGGCUUGAGUACCAGAGGCCGAAGCACCAGGUUUCCUGUGAUGACAUCGAGGUGCUCUCCACCGGGAGCCCCCUGCAGCAGGAGAGCCCCGAGCUGUACCGAAAGGGCACCACCCCUUCGGACCUGACCCCCGACGACAGCCCCCUCCAGAGCUUCCCCGCCAGCCCCUCGGCCACGCCGCCGCCAGCCCCCACCUCCAGGAGCAAGGUGGCCCACUUCUCCCGGCAGGUCUCCGUGGACGAGGAGCGGGGUGGGGACAUUCAGAUGCUAGUGGAGGGUCGGGGAGGGGACUAUGCCCGCAACAGCUGGGGCGAGGAGAAGGCCGGUGGCUCCAGGGGCAUCCGAGGCAGCGCCCUGCGCAGCGGCCACCCAGCCGAGGACUUUCGCACCCGGAGUUCCGGACACAAGCUGCCUGGGAACCCCAAGCCCCGGGAGCGGCGGACGGAGUCCCCCACCACGUUCUCGUGGACUUCCCACCACCGGGCCGGCAACCCCAGCUCCGGGGGUGCCAUGCUGCCCGGGCCAGACGAGGAGCAGCCCAGCACCUACAAGCUGGAGAUGAAGCCGCUGCUGAGGAUGGACUCGGGCUCGCAGGACGUGUACCCCCAGAGGCGGCGGCACAGCCGGGGCGCAGGGGGCGACCGGCGUGCGCCCGAGGACCGGGGCUUUGGGCUGCAGAGACUGAGGCCCAAGGCCCAGAACAAGGAGAACUUCAGGGCAGCCUCUGCGGAGCCCGUGGUGCAGAAGCUGGAGAGCCUGCGGCUGGGGGACCGUCCAGAGCCCCGGCUGCUGCGCUGGGACCUCACCUUCUCGCCACCCCAGAAGUCCCUCCCUGUGGCACUGGAGUCGGAUGAGGAGGCCGGGGACGAGCUCAAGUCCAGCACGGGCUCGGCUCCCAUCCUGGUCGUCAUGGUGAUCCUGCUCAACAUUGGCGUUGCCAUUUUGUUUAUUAACUUUUUCAUCUGAUACGAUUGCCUCGAUUCCAAAAGUAACGGUGUCCAGAAGGCCGUUAAAAGCAAAACAACAAAAAGGGAAAGAUCCUAACCUGGACAGCCCCACAACUUCCAAGUCUUUCCACAGAAGAACAACAUGAUUGGGUAUUACUCACAGUUUGCCUUUUUUUCUGGGUAAUGUUUUUUGGAUUCUAGCCAAAAUUCUUUGCUUGUAUAACACUAUGCUGUGUGGCAUGGCAGAAGGAGGCCAGCACGCCGACCCUCCAGCUUGAUGAGGAGAGAAGGGAUCCCGUCAAACCAGCAGCAAAAAAGAGAAAUGUCGUCAGGGCGUCGCUGUCCGAACACUUCCGGUCAUGGGUGUGGAAGGUGGCGGCCCUGGGAGAGCCCAGCUAGCCGGGUGGGGGGAGAGUGGCCACCGCAGGGCUGACGGGGGAAGUCCAGCUACUGCUUUUCCUGUUGGAAUAGCUGGGGCACGUCCGGUGGGAGACAGCCCAGGCCUUUUCUACUUUAAAUCUGUGCUGCACACUUAAGGGAGGAGAGGGGCAGCACCUUUGUCCUCCCCAGGAAACAGACCACAACCCGCACCCUCUCGGCACUGCCCCGUGGCCUUGCGAGGCCACCUCCCACACGAGUCUUAAAGCAAAGUCCUUAUUUCUUCCGCUGUCCUUGCUCACUCAUUGUUUGCCCCGCCCAGCCCCCCUCCCCCAGACCCAGAGAGGCUGUGCUGCAGACGUCCCGGGGUCGAGCCGACCCAGACCCGGCCGGGCACAUCUGAGCGCUGAGGGGCUGGGGCCCACUGUGCCACGGACAGUCUGACACCACGCCUGGGCUCUGAGCAUGUGGCGUUUUUGCACCUAGUAUGCAGGAUGUAUAUUCAGGCUUCUGUGUCCCUGGCAGUGAUGCCCCGUGUGGGACAUCACCUCUCGCUGUUACUGACCUCCUCGGGUUCUCACAUCUUUGUACUGUGCCUGCCUCAACUUCCCAUAACAGAUAUGCAUAUUCCCUCCAGAUGCCUCAGUGCUACUCCAGAGCGGGUCUGGUCCUGGGACAGGAAUGUCGUUGAAACCCAGUGGCUUGAGUUUCCUAGCAACUGUUGCAUAUCCAAUACCUCCCCAGGUGUGCAAUGUAACUCGGUCCAGUCAGACACAAACAGGUCCCUUCUGUUUCUGCCUCCCUUCCCAGGGUUGCCCCAUCACCCAACAAAGCAGCCAGGGGCCCGUGGCCCCAGCUCUCGUGUGCAGAUGUGCCGGGGAGCGGUCCAGGUGAGUCCCCGUGCGGGUACCCUGCGCUCCUGCCUGAGGAGGCCCUGGACAUGACUUCCCAUCAGUCUUCUUGGGUACAGCCUGUCUCAUGGACUCUGCCUUGCUUUGCUUAUGUUUAGCUGUUUCUCUGCUAACUUUCGAGCAGAUUUCUUUACUACACUGCACUGGAUUGCUAUAUUUUUAACCAGAAAUAAACUAAAGAUUAGAGCAUGUUCCAGUUACA